AUUACUUUCUUGUGAUAUCCCAUAUUAGUGUAAGGGAGUUCCAGAAGAGAUCCUGGUGGGAAUGUGCAUGGCAGGUCUAAAACCCGAGAUUGCUGCGGCAGUCAAGAUUUUUGAGUCGGAUACCUUGCGGGCUGUUUUUCGUCUUGCAGGGCAUAAGGAGGAGGAGUUGGCAAGCUGGAGAAACGUCAUAGGGCGUUACCCCAAGUCUGGAGGAGGAGGCCACGCCGGUGUAGGGAGUAGCGGGAAUGGCAGCACCACCAUUACUGUUAGUGGCGGGGCUAGCGCGCCACCGGGAGCAGUGGCCCCGGCAGCAUGGCUUGGGCCGAGGACUCUGCCUAAAGGCUUCGUCAGGCUAAGCUUAGCGGAGAUCGAUCAGAAGAGAAGGGAAGGCAAGUGCUUCAAUUGUGAUGAGCGGUUCACCAUUGGGCAUAAGUGUGCAAAGCCGGACUUGAUGAUGCUGGUGGGACGAUGGGAGGAUGAGGCAGAGGAAGAUGCGGCGGAAGGCAGGGGCGAAGAUCGGGUGGAGGACUGGCAACCUUGAGGACAAGGUUGAUUCGAAGGAGGCGGGGAUGAUAGAAACCUGCAUUUCGAUUUAUUUAGCAUUUGGACUUAUUUGCUAGUUUAUGAUUGUUUACGAAUUUAUGGGUACUUGGGGGAUUUAAUUGGGGGUUUAAUAAGUUGGGGUAGUCAUCGGUAAUUAGGAAUUGUUAUUUAAACUAUUUUUCUACGUUGAAUGAGAUUAGCAAACAGAUUAAACCCUAAACCUAUUAUUCCACUUCCUCUCUCUCUUUUCCUCCUCUCUGCCGACCCUUCCAAUUCCCCCUCUCCCUUCUCGCAGCCCACUGCCGCCAACUCCCUCCUUUCCCCUUCUUCUUCCUCUCGUCCCAACACUUCUCCCUUCCCUUCCCUAGCACACGACCACCACCAGGAGCCAACCAAGGCUCCUUUUCCCAUUUCCAUCCCCUUUCCCUUUAUUCGAUAGAUCCCGGAGAACGGGUUUCUAUCACCUUGUCGAAUCUGAUUGACUACCACUUCUGAAUCACCUUUCACUAUCACGUGAGUCAAAUAUCUUGAGGCGAUGAGAGUGAAAACAUCUCUUGAGAUAUUUAUAUCUACUAACCACGAAACCGCAACAAAAACAAAAAAAGGAAAAGAAAUAUUAGGAAAACUA